AUGCCUUCCGUAGCUGUGUUGGGAGGAGGCAUUUCAGGUCUUUCAGCAGCUUACUAUUUGGCGCGAUUAUCACCUCGUGCAACUCAAAUUACUCUCAUUGAAGGUUCCGAUCGUGUAGGCGGGUGGAUUCGCAGUCGUCGCGUUGAACCUGGAUUCCACGCAUCGUGUCCCAAAACUAGUGCCAACAGAAAUGCAAAAUCAGUUUUAUUUGAAUCAGGUCCUCGUAGUCUUCGUCCUGUUGGAACAAGUGGUGCCGUUGUUCUAGAAUUGACAAGAGAUUUGGGCCUCGCCGAAAGCUUAGUGAGUGUACCCAAAACGGAUCCAUCAGCCAAAAACCGAUACAUUUAUUUUGAUGGCUCUAUCAACACACUACCAAGUUCACUGUCAUCACUCUUGUUCCACAAACCACCUGUGCUGAAAGGCGUGAUACCAUCUAUUUUACGCGAACCAUUCAUCCGUUCAGCACGCACAGGCCAAGACGACGAUGACGAGUCAUUGUAUUCCCUGGUAUCCCGUCGGCUUAACGAGCAUGUUGCUUUGGACCUUGUUGGAUCAAUGGUCCAUGGAAUCUAUGCUGGCGACGUGAAAGCACUUUCGGCCCGGUCAGCGCUUCGCAUGCUAUACGAGAACGAACGUGUUUAUGGCAGCAUCGUAAAGGGAUUGCUUAAAGGUGGUGUUCAAGUGGAUACUUUCCGGGAACGUGGCAUCGCUGCUCGUGCGCGCAAGGAAGACCCAGACUGGUUUGGCAAAAUGGAGAGCAUGAGUGUGAUUGGUUUCAAGGAUGGCACGGAAAUGUUGACGGAACGGCUGCGAAGUUGGUUGGAAGAGUGCGAUAAUGUCAACAUCGUGACAGGCGAACCUGUAGUCGAUGUACAAGCUCAAGAAGCUGAAUCCAAGAUCACAACAACCAAACAAGUCAUUUAUGCGGAUCAUACCAUAUCGGCGCUUCCUUCAGCUGCUCUGAAUACCGUCACCACUUCAUCACCACUACCCCAUCUCACUUACAAUCCUGCUGUAGACGUGGCAGUCGUCAACUUGGCAUAUGCGCCUGAUGUUAACCUUACCUAUGAUGGAUUUGGUUUCCUGACCCCUCAUCCCGAUUCAAGAUAUCCCGUACCGGUACCCGGCACGCUUGGCGUUGUAUUUGAUUCCAACGCAAUGCGCGGGCAAGAUGCCGAAGGUGACGAUCGGGUCAAGGCCACAGUCAUGAUUGGUGGUCAUCAAUGGAAGAAUGCAUUUAAAGCACCCAUCGAACAACUCGAUCCACAAGAAGCAUAUCAAUAUGCAUUAAAGUCCAUGAAGACUUAUCUGGGCAUUGAUGCUGAACCCGAAUAUUCUAUGGUCAACUUGCAGGCCAAAUGUAUUCCACAGUAUCUUGUUGGACACCAGCAGCGACUGGGAGAGCUGCAUCAAGCAUUGAAGAUGGACUAUGGCCAUGCGCUCAGUGUGACCGGUGCUAGCUAUUGGAGUGUCAGCGUGCCCGAUUGCAUCAAAAACAGCCGCGAGUUGGUGGAGGAAUUAAUCGUCUCUGGAGCAUUAGGGAGCAAGGACAAAAUUAUCACUGGAUUGGGACGAUCAGAACAUAGUAGCGAAGACUUAAAAGAUAGUGCAAGAUUGAGCCAGAGUCAUGUCAAUGUUUUGAUGAAAUCAUAG